AUGUCUGCCCAGGACCUGCUUCGCGAGUAUCAGGGCCACAUCGUGCCCCAGAGCUACAAUGCCGGGUUUGUAGCCCUUAGCUACGUCGUCAGUCUUGUCGGUGCUGGCUCGACGCUGGAGCUCAUCAACCGACGAACGGGCCUUCGGGGUCUUUUCAACCAUCUCCUACUUAUGAGCUCGGCCGUUACUAUGGGGGGAGUGUCCAUCUGGUGUAUGCAUUUCAUCGGCAACCGAGCUAUCGAUCUCGCCAACGGGGAGCCGGAGAUGCAAGUUGCGUACUCGAGUGGGUUUACCGCCGUCUCAUUCUUCGUUCCCAUCCUAGUUCUCCUGACUGCCUUCAUCGCCGUCGGCACCAACAAUACCGUUUCAUGGUGGAGGCUUAUCAGUGGUGGUGUCCUAUGUGGCACUGCCGUCUGUGGAAUGCACUACCUCGGCAACGCUUCCAUCGAUAACUAUACAUGCGUUUAUCGACCUGCCUAUGUCGUGGGAUCUGCCAUCAUCGCCGUCGUGGCGAGCAACGUUGCCUUGGCCAUGUUCUUCGUCUUCAGAGCCAUGUGGGCCAACUCAUGGUGGAAGAGAGUUAUCUCGGCUGUGGUGCUCGCCGGUGCGGUAUCGGGAAUGCAUUGGUGUGCCGCCGUAGGAACCCGUUACCGUCUGGUCAAGAUCAAGCCUGAGGGCAAUGAGCCGUCGAGGACCGCCACAGUGGUUGUGGUCAUCUGCUUGUCGCUAGGAGCCUGUUUCAUCAUCGCAGUGUUGGCCAUCCUCAGAGCGAGAAACAUGAGGAGGUCAGCCCUCCGUGCCCAGCAGAUCACACUUGCUGCCGCCGUUUUCGACAAAGCAGGGAGAAUCCUCGUCGACCCGGAUGGAUACAUUCCCAGUACGGUCGUUACCGACUCCUUCUUGGAAAGGAAUACCAAAGAGGGAUUCGGCAUCGGCCACCCCUUGUUCCAUUGGAUGUUCCAAGCGUCGAGAAACUGGGGCAUGAUCUCAAGCCUUGUUGGCGGCAUGAAGCAGCAUAUUUCACAGCUCCCGCAUACUCGUACCCAUAAGGACGGGCGCCACGGCAUCCAACUUGUGAGCGAGCAUGGUGAGAUGAUCGAGGGUUAUGACAUGAUCUUUCGAGAGCUCUUCUGCCUCGCCGCCGCCGCUCUGGCUGACCGACUUCGAGAAGACCUCGCUUCGAUCGGAGUCUUGUGGGACGAGAUUCUGCCCACAGGUGCGAAUGGCAGACGGGCACGACCUCAACUGCGGAAGCCAUCUAGUGCAGGUGUCAUCACUUCGGAUGGUAGCGAUGCCAACGAGGACAGCCAUAUCAGCCUCGACCUCGCUGAGAAGGGCGUGGGUGCCUGGCAACAAGCUUAUGGACGUGGUUCUUUGAUGUUUCUGGUCCACCGCACUGGGUCUGACCGUGAUUCUGAGCGAUUCGUCUCGGCCGGCUAUCGCUUUGCUGAGUUGCACCAGGUCAGCGACAUUAUCAGAUCAAGCAUGCAGAUUCAAAGUCACGAAUUCGAAACGAAACUCCGGGACAUGUCGACUUACACGGGCGAGCAGAACCAGAACCUCCCAGGCGUUCAUCUCGGCUUCUUCGCAAUCCGAGCUCGGGUGAGCUCUGGAUUCGAGGUUCUCGUUAGGAAGGGUGCACGAAACCUUCUCCCGACUAUGCCCCUCCCGCUCAAGUCUCUUGAAGACUGGCACAUGCAUUACCUCGCAAAGUUUGAUAACAUGCCGUUAUCGAAAAUUGCUCAGAGAUGCAAAGAAGAUUCCCAACGAAGCACUCGGGAGGCAGAAUUCGCGGGACAGCUCACAGAGACCAUCGAGUCUCUGCGAGAAUGGAUCCAGGAGCCCCUUUUCGAUGAUGCAGUCCUGACAUCGACGACAGUUCGCAUCCCUUGUCGCGGAGAAGAAGGAAGGACGGAAGCGACCAUGAUAGCGAUGCGACUUGUGAUCCCCAUUCAUUCGGUUCUAACCAGUCCCAACUGCGAGUUUGUACCCCUCGGUUUCUUCAAGAUGCGCCAGGUGUCGGAGCAGUUCUAUCAGGAGUUUGCACGGGGCGUUCAUCGGGAAUUCGGCCAUGUUGUCAAAGCAGCAGAGCGCCGUGAAGGAUCCCCAGACAGCGGCGCAGGAUUGUCGCCUAACCUGUGGCCUUUUGGUCGAUCAGACCCUCCAAAGGGAAAUCGACGGAAAGGGAAAUCGAUACCAAAUAUUGCCGGAAGGCGAAUUUCAUCACCCGAUUCUACAAGAUCAAGCUCGACUAUCAACCUCUGCCCACCUACCGACGUCAACCGAACUCGUUCGAUCGAUUCAACAGAUGGCCCUGGAACGUAUCAAGCUCGGGAUGAGUCGCCUCAGACGGCACCGUCCUAUGGUGGCAUUAUGGUGUUCCAGGAGAUCACCAUUGAUGUUGAAGAAGGAAAAGAAGCAGGAAGGAUCCAGAGCAAAGGCUCCGAAAGCUCGGAUACCAUCACCAUUGAGAAGACGAACUCCACGACAUCUCCGGCAGCAGGCAUCGAGCUGCAGUCAAUGGGCCACAUCGGAACCAAUGUGCAAGCCGAUGUAGGGGCACGCAAUGGACCGGCCCAUUUCGCUUCGUUUGUGGAUGUCCUGUUUGCAGAGACGGUGGAGAGCCGCUGA